CCUUGGCACUCCAACUAAAAUGGAAACACCAGAUGCUGCUCCACGCCGGGCCGGGAGACGACCCCUUUCAGCUGACCUCACAUCCAGGUUUGAGUCAAUUGGUCUGUCUCUGCAUCGUAAAAGUCCCAAAGCAGACACAAAGGAGAACACUCCAAUGGAGAAGGCACCUCCUUCAAAGAAGGAACAAGAUAAAAGUCCAAACGGCUCCACACCUGAAAGCACUGAAAGUGUAGCCAGUCCAGUUCUCCCAGACCAAAAUGACAAAAAGACAGAAGAAACCACUGUAAAAGAUGCUGGCAUGAAGUUGCGCAUUAGUCAUUUCCUUGAUUCGUCGUCCUCUCCGGGGGCGGGUGCUGCAGGUCAAGAUCUUCACUCCCCAGUACAGCCAGUUUCUGAACCAACAGAACCAUCAGUGGGUGUUAAACAGCUCAUCAAACAGCUGACUGAGGAUGCAACUCCAGUUCAAAGCCCAGUCCUAAAACCAGUACUGAAGCCCCGCCCCUUGCCCCUUGAUCUUACGAAAAGAUUUUCAUCCGAGAGGUCACCAGACCUUGUUUCAGUGUCUGAGGCAGCAGACUACGCAGGAAUCAGCAAAGAUCCUCAGAGAGGGACUGAAGAGUCAGCUGUCACUCCCAAUGACCACAAGGUGUUUGUGGAUUUGAAAGAGACUCCAGAGCAGCUCAAAAAGGUCUCCACAAGUGAAGGUUUUGAGGCCGGGCAGCUAUGGGCUGCUUCCAAGGAAAGUGGUGCUGGUGGUGAAGCGCACACCGUGCGGGCGUCCUUAUUUGAAAAUGUUGUGGAGAAGCAAAGGGUGUUGAUGAUGGACCAGGGCAAAUCUGCAAAUACAGCCAUGGAUUCAUGCACAAAGGAAGAAGUAGAGGACAAAGGAACUCUGGUCACAGCCACCUACAAGGAACCCAUAUCUCCAUCAAGUCCUCUCCGGGUGUCGCAUGCAUUUGACACCAUGCAGGCAGUUGAACAGAACAGGGCAGUGAGUGAGAGUAUCCCAGUAGCUCAGUGGGAAGACAAGGCCACGACCCUCCGAUCCAGACGCUCCGAGGCGAACAGACUGGUGGUGGAGAGGAAUGAACCAACACAAACACAGCCAGCUUCAGCACUGAGACCAGAAUCGCAGCCACGAUAUCUCAGAAUAGGAGCUUUACAAAAGUGGGCUGACGCAUAUCUCGAUGAAGAUGCAGGUCUUGAUAAAGGGACAUUAAAUCAAUCGGAAUGGGAAGGACAGUGGGCUUUGGAUAAAGAGCGAGACAGACAAAGAGCGGCAUAUCAGGAUGAAGUGUCUGCAUCCUCUAAACCAUCAAAAUUCCUGAAGGCAGAAGAACAAGCAAAACCCAGAGCUACAUAUUUUGCUUUGACAGGACAAAUGCAGGAGCUGCCUUCUCCUGGAGAUGGAGGAACAAAGUCUGUGGACAUGUCUGCGCUCUUUGAUGACUUCUCUGUUAGGUCGGCUCUCAGUGGCUCACAAGGAAAAGCUUUUCCUGCAAGAUGGAAUCCCGCACAAGAAGAAACCUUUAGGAAAACUUCUCAACCUCAUGAGAUGUUUGAUGAACUGAUGCCCAGCAGCCAUACCUCAUCCUUGGACGUCAGGUCACAGAUAAACGAACAAAGCAGGGAAGAAAAAAUAGAUGCUGACAAGAAGAGGGAGCAAAAGAAUGAGGCAGAAAGAUACAGAGCUAAAGUUAAAGAGAUUGAAAAGGAAACACUAAAGCAGAUGGAGAUAGAGAAACAACGAAUAAAGGAGUGGGAGAUGCAAAGAGAACUUGAAAGGCAAAGACAGGAAGCGUUGGAAAAGGAGAGAAAAGAAUUUGAGGAAAAAGAGCGCGCGUUGGAAAGACAGAAACAGACUGAGCUCGAGAACCAAAGACUGCAAGAGUUGGAGAAGAAAAAACAGAGAGACAUUGAAAGAGAGAAACAGCGGCAACUCCAGAAAGAACAAGAAGAACUGGAGAUGAAGAUGGAGGUAGAAAGGGACAAAAAGCGUGAAAAGGAGAAGCAAAAACAAAGGGAAGAAGAGAGGCAGAGAGAGAUAGAGAAGACGAAGCAUUUAAUGCAGGAGAUGGAGAGAAUGAAAGAGAUGGAGAGACAACAAAUGUUGGAGUUUCAAAAACUGAAGCAGAAGGAAAAGGAGAUGCAGCAACUUGUCGAGUUCGAAAAACAGAAACGAAGAGAAAAGGCAGAGAAAGAAGCCGAGAAACUUAGACUGAUGGCAUUAGAACAAGAACUGUUAAAAAUGAAAGAACUUGAAGAAGAGAGGGCUAAAGAAAAGGAGAUGGAGAUUGAGCGUCAGAAAGAGAUUGAGAGGGAAAAGCAGAGAGAGCUGGACAAACAGAGACAACGAGAGCAUGAAAAGGAAAGGCAGAGACAAAAGGAGGAAGAGAAGCAGAGACAGUUGGACAAGGAAAAACAGAUCAUGGAGAUGGAGAGAGUUAAAGCGCUGGAGAAACAACAAGUUUUAGAGUUUCAGAAGCAGAAAGAAAAGGAGAUGCAACAACUCAUAGAGUUAGAGAAGCAGAGACAAAAAGAAAAGGCAGAGAAAGAAGCUGAGAAACUGAGACAGAUCUCCUUAGAACAAGAAAUGUUCAGGAUAAAGGAGCUUGAAAAGGAGAGAGUUAGACAAAAGGAGAUCGAAUGGAAAAUGCAGAAAGAGCUGGAGAGACAAAGACAACAAGAUUUGGAAAGGGAGAAACAGAGACAACUGGACGUUGAGAGGCAGCAGCUGGAGAACGAGAGGCUGAGACGAGAACAGGAGAAGGAAAGGAGGAGGAAGGAGGAGUUGGAGAGUCUCAAAGAGAUAGAGAAAAGGCAGCUAAUGGAGUUUGAGAAGCAAAAACAGUCGGAGAGAGAAAAACAAAAUUUAGAGCUUGAGAAACGCAGACUAAUGGAGAAGAUGGAAAAGGAAGAGGCGGAGAGAAUGAGACAAAUUGCCAAACAGCAAGAAGCAGAAAGACAGAGGAUAAAAGAGAAGCAGAAGAAAGAGGAGCAGGAGAGGCUCAGGUUGGAGUCGUUGGACCUCAGGCCCAAAGUUCUUGAUCUGGACUCAGUGCUCAGAAAUGACUUGUUGUCUAAGCCUUCUUCUCCUCGCAGUGACCCACGCUGGAGGGAGCCUUACAAACCUGCCAUUCUUGACAUAGACUCCUUUACGCCUCAAGCUCACCCCUCUCCAAGUAAAGAAUUGUUGGCCGUGUCUGGUAUUCAGGGACUAGAUGCAGAAACCAGGCUACAGCUCACACCUGAAAGAGAGGUUAACUGGAAGCUACCAUCACAGACUUCAGUUGGGUUCUCGAGCCCAGUAUGGACAGCAUCUCCUCAGGAUCCUUGGGAGCUACGACCUGUUGAGAUGCCAGCAGUUAAACCUUUUGAGACCAAAAAACCCACCAACAAGCUCAGCCCAGAGGAGCUGCUCAUCAAGCAGGAGGAACGGCUCCCAAAUCCACAGAGGACCUGGACUGCUUUCUUCAACGAGUCUUCCUUCUCAGCUCCUUCACCAGGAACAGACCCCAAAUCUGUGAACACAUCUCGUGAAGUGUCCGGCAGCAUUCCUGGAGAGCAGGUCUGGCUCCCAAGAGAGCUUCAGUCUCCGCAAAAGAGCAGAGGAGAGACCCCGAACCACAGGAGGUCCCAUGGAUCCCAGACUUUGGGGUGUAUGGAAAUAUUUCAAUAG